GCUACUGCUUUGCGCCUUCUUGGACGACAUCCGCGCGCUGGAGCGCUUCUCACGGCUGGGGCUGCUGGCGGGCCAGUGCUUCGUGGCGCUGCUGGCGGCACUGACGGCGCCCAGCUGGCGGCUGCUGCCAGGAUAUGUGUCGUCCCAGCCGUUUCUGCGCUUGAGCUCCUUUCCCGUCGCCAUCGGCGUGGCCGCGUUUUGCAACGAGGGCAUGGUGGUGAUGUCGCCCUCGGUGAGCGCGUCCAUGGUUGAGCCGGAACGCUUCACCGCAGCAGUGACUUUAGCGAUUACCUACUUCACGGCCAACUACUUGUUGCUGUCCUUCUGCGGCGACUUCCUGUACUCCUACGUGGCCGGCGACGUCGUGGCCCAAGAGGUGACUUUGUCGAAGGCCUUUUCGGUGACGCCGAUCCACAGCGCGGCGGUGGUGAUCUACGUGCUUCAGCUGCUCCUGACGUUUCCAUCCGGCCUCUUCAUGAUGUUUCGCAACGCGGAGAAGCUGUGCGCGAGCCGCGCUUCUUGGCAGCGGCGGGCCCGGCGCGUCGUGCUGAUCCUGUCCUUCUGCGGGGUGGCCAUGAUCUUGCCGCGCUUCGCGGACUUUCUGGCGGUGGCCGGGGCGGUGGGGAAUUCAAUGUGCGUCUUCAUCCUUCCUCACCUUGCCUUCCUGAACCAGUGCCGCAAGGGCUUCUUGAGCGCAAGUGCCUGUCGCAUUCCAUAUUCCUGGCUGGUGGUGCUCAUUUUCGGCGUGUGCUGUGGCGUUUGGGCCUCUGUGGUCUCCUUGCAGCAGCUUCUGUGAUACAAGAUUCUCGGAUCAUGGGAUAGGAACGUGAAGGGAGUCACCGACUCGCAGCCUCAAGUCCGCCAGCCAGUGAGUCGAGGCGAGCCCUCGUUGCUCCAGGGCAAGGCUUUGGUGUACGGCUUCUGUGGAGUUACCCCUGCUCUGGAU